AUGUCUAAAUAUAUUUUUGCGUUAUUGUUAGCGGGGUUAAUUUGUACCAUCAACUGUGAUAGUUCAUCAUCAUCAGAUGAAAGCGAUGAACAGCGUCGUAUGCGAAACGAUUUCGACCAAGGGAACGAUGAUUUCACUGCCAACUUUUUAUACGACGUAAUUGAUGAGAAGCCGAAUGUGAGUGUGAUAAUGUCCCCGUUCAGUGUUCUAUUUCUUUUAUCGCAAUUAGCUCUUUAUGCUAAAGGGAAGACUUAUGAGCAACUGGCGAAUCUCCUGAAUUUGAAUAGGAGAAAUGACAUUCGAUCCACGAUACCCCAAUAUUUGGACGAGAUCAAUUCUCAACGGAACGUUAUCUUCUCUUUAGUAGAAAGAGUAUUCGGAAGUAUCGAUUAUCCGUUCAGUAAAUCCUUUAAACAGGACACCAAACACACCUUUCAAGCUCAAUCCAGAAACUUGGAGUUUAGCGAACCGGAGGAAGCUGCUAAGGAAAUAAAUUCAUGUGUUUCAUCACAAACAAACAAUCUAAUAAAAGAUUUAAUUUCACCAUCCGCUUUAGACGAAAGCACUAGACUUGUGUUAACAGAUGCUAUUUACUUCAAGGGAUCCUGGAAAAGUCCGUUUAAGGAGAAAAGGACAAACCCCAAACCUUCCACAGAAUAUACAAUCAAAGGUGGUUCAGUUGCCUUAUAA